AAUGGACAAAUUGAUUAAAUUCUCAUUUGAUAAAAACUCAUCUCUGAGAUUUUUGUUUUCUUUUUUUCACCGCUUCAGAUCACAGAGGGAGGGGAAAAAAAGAAAAGGGAAGAAAACAAUUUAUGAACUGAUUGCUAAUUUAUCAAUUACUAUAAAAAUUGGAACAAGAAUUCUAAUCGGAUCGUGUGUUCUUAAGUUUUUCUGUAUCCGCACUUUGAAUUCGUGCAUUUUUGGUUGGUCGGUGUUGUCGUCACAGAAAGCUAGAAACUCUGAUUUUCUGCAAAUUGAAGAAGAAAGGGAGAGGAGAGAGGUUUUUGGUGGCUUCAAAACGGCGUCGUUUAAAGGCACUUUACGCUUUGAUUGCCGCAACGCCAAUGGCUGAACGCCCCGGACUCUUUUGCAAUGUGUUUGGAAGCAAGACGCUUGUGAUUAUCUGAAUCCAUUCCUAUUUAGGGUACUACAAGAAUUGGGGGGAAAAAAAGUCUGUCAAACAUUCUAUGAUCCAGAACGCUGAUAUGGAACUUGAAUCAGGGACUUGUAAUAUUUGCUCAGCUCCUUGUUCAUCUUGCAUGCAUCUUAAUCGAGCUCUAACUGGAACAAAGGCUGAAGAAUGCUCUGAUGAAAAUUGUCGAUCAGGGGAACCCAGUCAGUUUUCUAUGGAUGUGAGUGAUCUAUCUUCUCAUAGGAGUACAGCUUGUGAAAGAUUGAAGCAUGCUGUCAGUGAAACCAGUAACUUGCUUCGUGUUAAUUCUGGUCAUGAAUCUCUGUCUGAAAAUGCUAAAACCACACAAACUUUAUCAGAGAAGUAUCACGAUGCCAAGUGUUUAGAAGGACCUGAUGACAGCUCUUCGUGUAUCAGUAGAAACAGUAAUGCUAAUUUAGUUAGUGAUAGCCAUCAAAGAGAUGCAGACAAAACAAAUAUUUCAUGUAGUUCAUCCUCAGUUAGUCACUUAGGAGCAGAAGGAUCUACAAGUGGGCCAUCUGUUUAUAUAUCAGGCUUGUGUGAGAUACCCUCUUCUAAAGAUGCAGAUAUGCCAGAGAAUUCAUCAGAAUGCUGUGUUGGAAAUGUUGAGUCAUCGCCAACCAAGGAGAUAAUCACUGCUAAUUUUUCAGGUGAAAAAUUUCUUGCAAAUAACAAAGGCCUUGUUAAUGGCACUACUAGCAAGUUUUCGGCAAAAGUAUAUCCAAAGUCAGAAGCAGAUAGUGACAAUGGUGUUGGUGAUGUGAAAGACGAAGAUCGUAAAGUUCCAGCCCAUGAUGGACUGCACGAGAAGCAGGGGGAGCUUGUUAAAUCACCCGUCAAGCCCGAAGCUCAAUCUGGAGAUGAGAGCGAUGACUCAGAUGUUGAGCAUGAUGUAAAGGUAUGUGACAUCUGUGGAGAUGCUGGUCGCGAGGAGCUACUUGCAAUAUGUAGUAGAUGCAGUGAUGGUGCAGAGCACACCUAUUGCAUGCGAGAAAUGCUCGAAAAGGUCCCAGAAGGUGACUGGUUAUGUGAAGAAUGCAAGUAUGCUGAGGAGACUGAAAAACAUCGGCUGGAUGUUGAAGAGAAAAAGGUCCAUAAAGUUUGUUCAACUGCGCAAAUAUCUGGUAAAAGGCCUUCUGAGGGUGAAGAAUGGGCAAAGGCAGGGAAAAGGCAAGCUCUUGAAUCAAGUAAAGGGUCACCAAAGGGGUCAAGCCCCAAGAAAAUAUUUCCACUGUCGCGAGAGUCUUCGUUCAAGAGCAUUGAUAAAGGAAAGUUGAACUCUGAUCAUCAGACCUCCAUUUGUAACCACUCCAAUGGCAAUGACAUAGAACUUGCUCGUUCUCUAUCUGCUGGUCCUCGGAGUCAAACAGCUAAGAGUACAUUGUUAAAGUCAAAUUCAUUCAACAACAUCAAUUCCAAGCCCAGAGUCAAACUUGUUGAUGAUGUCCCGCAAAAGAAGAAAGGGGCUGGUGAACAUACCUCUAAGAAUAUUGAGAUGCCAGGACGAAUGAUAAGCAAAUCUAGUUCAUUGAAAUCCUCAAAUUUGGGUCAUUCAUGUGCCACUGAAUCAAAAGUCAAAAUGGUUACUUCCAAACCUGGAACUACUGCGGAUCAAAAAGGAUCAAAACUAGCAAAAGAAUCAGGUGCCUCUCAUAGGAAAUUUUUCUCUAGGGUUGAUCGGCCUGUUGUUUGUUCAACCAUGGCUAGUUCUGCUGUUCUGACAUCUAAGAGUGAUCAGAAGCUUACCCCUCGUAGCGAAACUGCUAAACCUUCAACAAUUAACAACAAUCACGAAUUUAAGGUCAACCAAGAUGGGAGAUCAAAUUCAUUAUUGAAGUCUAAGAAUAAUACAAGCCAGAGAACAUCAACCAGUGGUGAUGAAACUCAAUUAGAUGGGCUGCCUCAAUCAAGAGAGAUAACAAAUCAGGUUGAUAAAACCAAAGGUAGUUCUGGUGAUUGUGUGAGGUCUGGUCUUACUAAUGCUUCUGAAAGCCCAUUCUGUCACAAAUGUAAGGAUUUAGGCCAUGCUACAGAAUGUUGCAUGGUUGAUAAACAGGAAUUUGGCCUGGAAGGAUCAGCCACUGUCCCAAACAGUUCAAAAGACAAAACACAUAAAGAUAAUAGACUGAAAGCUGCAAUCCAGGCAGCUUUACUUAGAAGGCCCAAAAUAUGCAAGAGGAAAGAAGUGCCUGACCAAACUGAGAAGUUUCUUACAUCAGCCAUAGACAUGAGGUCCGAAGUCACUUCUCAAGAUAAGGCGUUUGUUAUUGACACUCCAAAGAAUAUUGUUUCUACUGAAGAAACAAAAGUGAGGCAGGAUAUCCUUCAGAAUCCUACAUUUGAAACUUCGUCUUCCAAUGAUUCGAAGCAACAUAGCUUUUGUCCAGCUGAUUUUGGAUCACAACCUAGAAAGUUAGAAUCUGUUGGUCCUACUCCUGGAAAUCCUGUAGUUAGAGACUUUUGCAAUCAAGCUUUGGCUGUCUCAAGUGUUCUUCCAAAGACAUCAGUCUUUCCAGAAUAUGAAUACAUUUGGCAAGGUGUCUUUCGAAUGCAUAGAAGUGGAAAGCCGCCUGACUUAUGUACUGGUAUUCAAGCGCAUUUAUCCACAUGUGCUUCCCCUAAAGUUCUUGAGGUAGUGAACAAGAUUCUUCCUGAGGUUUCCCUCAAUGAAGUUUCUCGCUUGAGCACGUGGCCUACACAAUUUCAUCAAGGCGGGGCAAAGGAAGAUAAUAUUGCACUUUACUUUUUUGCCAAAGACAUUGAAAGUUACGAGAGACACUACAAGGGUCUACUGGAUCACAUGAUUAGAAAUGAUUUAGCGCUUAAAGGAAUUUUUGAUGGUGUUGAACUUCUUAUAUUCCCCUCCAAUCAGCUUCCUGAAAAUUCUCAGCGUUGGAAUAUGUUGUUUUACUUAUGGGGUGUAUUUAGAGGGCAGAGGAGGAAUCAUUCUGAUUCUGCAAAAAAGAUUUGUAGUCCCAGUUUGAAUGCGUUGUCAGUUCAGAAGGGUUCUCUGACUGCUGUGAUGACUGUGUCUGAAACCCACUGUUCACCAAUGCGGAUGGAUGAACAACCAAUUGCUUGUGGUAAAACCUGCAGUGAAGUUCUCUCAUCCACUUCCAUGGACCAAGGCGAUACUGUUUUAAGUGGGGAUUUUGAUAUUAAAGAAACUAUUUUUGACCAGGCACGUUUGGGUCCACAAGUAAACUUACAGAGGCAAGAUAGUAGAAUCAACACGGAAUCUGCAUCAAAGAAUCCGACAAGCAGUGAACAAUUGUGCCAACAAAUGCACUCUCCAGGUUCACCUCCGAAGCACAGAAUCCCCACACCUCCUGAAGCAAUGGGAACGCAUGUAAGUAGCAGGAUUUUGGAAACAAAAAUUGAUUGUGAUAUUUCAGUCAAGAAGGAGAACUCUCUGUCUUCUGGGAUUCCUUCUGCUGGCAAACAAGAGAUAGAUGCUGCAAGCAAUACCUCAAAGAAUCAAAUUUCAGAAAGAACUAACAAUGAUGAAGAUCAGCGAAGGCCUAAAAGGAAACUGAUAGAAGAGGAUCUCAAUGUUAACAUGGAGGCAACCUUUCAAGAUGAUCCGACUAUAAGAGGCACCAAUUGUGAGCAAACCAUUGAUAAAAGAGUUGAGCAUAUAGAUGUUUCAGAUGCAGUUUUGAAGGCUUCCGCAGAUAGUUAUCAGAAAUUGGAAGAUGGAGAAACUUCCAGCAAGAAGCUCAAGUCAGGUUUCGGUGAAAUUUAUGCAAGUUGCAGUUCAGGUGGUAGGGAAUCUUUCAAUGGCAGUUUUACAGCCCUUGCAAACCAUCCCGGUACCUUCUCUUCAGUUGAGGGUAGAGGAUGCAACGAAGCUUGCUUAGAUGAAGUCAUUCAUGAGGACCUUGGAACUAUGGAAAGAACCUUCUUUCCUGUCGGUUUGCAUCAGAAAAAUGACUCUCGCUUGAUGCUUAAUGGCAUGCCAGUGGAGGGGCCUUGUGAUUACGAGGGUCACUUUCAAGUUGGGAUUCCAAACCUAGAGCUUGCUUUGGGGGGCGAAACAAAACCACAACCACCGCCAGCACCGCCACUACCACCACGUAAGGGUAUGUUCCCUUUUCUUGUCAGGGAUGGAGACAAGAAAAAUACAGGACUGUCUCUAUCAUUCCCAUCAUCAAAUAAGGAACCUGUCAAACCAACUCCAAAAGCUGAACAUUCGCCUGAUGGGCAUCAUGUGAAUACUUCGUUUCUCCUUUUUGGGAGAUACACAGACAAAUAAAAUCUACCUAGUAUAUCUCUAAUCUUGUACAUUAUCUGUUGCAUAUGCCUUCGAUAAAAGCUAUAGCCUAUCAUGUAGGAACCCUUAUCCACCUUCAUGAGCCCCCUUUAGAGUCAAUAAGGUUUUUUUGGUUUCCUCCUUAGUUAAAUACUUGCUUUUGGUGUUAUAUUUUUUGUUACAGAUAAAAUAGUUACGGCUGUUUGUAUAUAGAGAGAAUUCCGGCCGACAUAAUUCAGAAAUGUUACUAGGAACUUGCGGAUGAUACUAUUUUUUUUUUAAUCACAGGGUUUCCUUUGUUCCUGGCUU